AGCCGCGGAUUUCCAAUCCCUCAAUCUGUACUGCAAUAGAUAUACGAUAUUAUAAUCUGACCUCUUAAUAUAUGCUGAACAAUUUCAUUCUUUUUUCAGACAGAAAAUGGCAUCACCUUCUACAUUUGUACAUGGGGAUUUUUCUCACUAUCCCUUCGUAGUAUCAGUAAAAGAGGAAAAUCAUGUGGACUUCAUCUAUCAGUUUGUAAAAGAUAGCGAUAGCAUAAAUAAUACCUGUAAAGCGAUAAUUGGGGAACCCACUUUUUUUCCACGUUACGGACCUUUUGUACACACAUUUAUCGUGAAUUAUUAUGGUCGGGGUAUUACAAAACGUCAAUAUUGUCCUUAUAUAAUGGACAAACGUGAAGAAUCAAUAUAUGAUAACAACCUGUGCAACUAUAUCGAUCUCGAGUUCCAUGAAGCUGUAUAUCCUAUUAGAGUAUCUAUAUAUGAAGUGUUUGAUCCUGGAUACGUAACUGAAAUUUGGGCUGAAAAUUCGCAGCUUCACAAUCAGUGGUUUCUUUUAUGGAGUGGACCUGCUCAGAUUGUUCCUCCAAGGACAUCAAGGAUAUUUUCACCGCCAUUACAAUCUUGUAAUUUUAAAACUCAACGACUCAAACUAAAAUUUAUGCGUAUAGAUGCUGUGAUGCGUAUAGAUGCUGUGAUGCUUAUCGGCACAACAAAAUUGCUUCUUCCUAAAACUCCUAAACAGAGCUUAACUGGUCUGUUAACAAGCAUUAAUCAGCACAUUUCCCAUCUGGAUAUCCAUAACUUAACACCUAAUUAUGAAAAUGCACACUUGGAUAUAUUCGACCUUCGCAAAAAACUAGUUGAAUAUUGCAUUAUUCGUACUAAUGAAAGUAAUUGCUAUAUCGAACCCCCUCGAUGCGCCCCUGAAUUCGAGAAACAACCAUGUGGAUUCUCUAAACUUCCUGAUGAAAUAAUAUUAAUAAUAUUUAAAAAAUUAGAUAUGAGGUCGUUGUGCAGUGUGGGCAGUACAAACAAACACUUCAAUAGUUUAACACGGGACCCUUUUCUGUAUAAAUGUUUAAAUUCAAAUGAUAUGUAUGCAAAAGAUGGGAACAAAAAGUCUACGUAUCCCAAUUGUAUUUGUGAUACGAUAUUUUAUUUAUCAUUCAGAUGCAAACAUUUCCAGCAGUUGAAUUUGUUUUCAUCAAUUAAUAUUUCUACUUCGCAUUUCAUAAAAUUGAUUACCAUUUGCGGCAAGAGUUUAACUAACUUACGACUAAAUAACUGCUCAUUUGUUGACGACAUUGCCAUACGUACAAUUUCAAGGACAUGCAAAAAUCUUAAAGACAUAUCAACUAACUCUCUUUGCAGAAUAUUGCGAAAAAACCGUCAAAUACGAAAGUUAGAUUUGUAUUCUGCUUAUAGACUAAAUUCAGACGCAAUUGCAAUACAAGUGGGACAUUCAUGUCCAAACUUGAAAAUAAUACGUUUCAACUGCUCGGUCAUUACAUCGGAAGGUAUUAAUGCCAUCGCUAAAUGCAAGAAUUUACGAAGUCUGAUGGAUAAGGAUAAGAAUAAUGAGCGACUUUCCCGUGUCACUGUCGAUUCAUCUAUCCAAGACAAUGGUAGUGAGAUUGAUUUUGAUGUAACACCUACAGUUUCAGUGGCAUCCAUCGUCACCCAUAAAGAAUACAGUCCUUCAGCAACAUCACUACAAGCCAUCUCUGAUAUCGAACAUCGUUAUCAACUGGUUGGCAAUAUCAGUGUUAUCAAUCAAUUGGAAGUUAAUCAAGAUGUGCUUUGCAUCUGCUAUACGGAAACUUACGACUUUUUGGCGGCAGGAUUGUCGGACGGGAACUUAAAUUUCUACAAAGUUAGCUCAGGGGAGAAUACACUGGUCCUGUGCGAUGCGGAGAUGAUGCAGAAUCCGGCUCCGGUGACUGCUGUAAAGCAUCGACCAGUGCACAGAUCACACCCGAUUACUCGUACCGUGAUAGCGACUUAUGCCAACGGCUGCGUCAAAUGCUGGCAUUAUCCAACCGCGCAAUGCCUUUACACGAUACGGGAAAGACGGCAAACUCUCGGCCUGGCCUACCAUCCUAAAUUACCAAAGUUUGUCACUGUCGGAGACGAUACAAAUCUAUAUUUAUACGACGAAGAAACAAAGACGCGGGAAAGAGUGUUUCGUAGAAGUGACACGCCGGAUGUCAUGGAUGGUCAUAAAUCCCGGGUCUUUAGCGCUUGCUUCAAUCCGAGAUCCGCGCACGAGCUAAUAAGCGCCGGCUGGGACAAUACCAUACAAUUCUGGGAUACCAGACAAGCUCAUUCCUUUCGGUUCAUAACAGAUGUACAUAUGUGUGGAGACGGCCUAGACAUCAGUAGAAAUGGCAAAGAGAUUCUGACUUGUGCCUGGCAAAAAUAUAAUCCUAUGCAACUGUGGGACUACGGUAGCGGCAGAUUGAUCUUCACUAUGGAACCAGACAGUUAUUCCUCUUUAUUAUACGUUGGAAAAUACGUAACAAAUACGUAUAUCGCAUGCGGUGGCUGCGACACUAAUCUCUUCAGAAUUGUCGAUUUACGAUCUCAUUCUACCAUAGCCAUGAUUAGAUACCUCAAGGGCGGUGUAUAUAGUUUGGAUGUCGGUCCAUUAGAACCAAAAUUCAGUAAGAAGAUUCUUCCAAAACUCGCUUUUUGCGCCGGAACAACAAUUUUUGAAGUAGACGCCCAGCCUGGUUAA